GCGUUCGCUCGGAGAUGGCGGAGCCUCCGCGACGCGGCCGGAGGCCCCGAGAGCUGGGAAGCCCGGCAGCCCCGGGACGCGGCGGAGCCCGGGGACAGUGGAGACGCCGCCCAGUCCGCCGGGUGAGCCGCCCUUGGGGAGAAUCCCCUCACGCUCAGAAUGCGACCCCCACCCACUGGCCGCAGUGCUUCCCUCACAGAUUUGCCCUCGGCGCUGCCACCAUAAGUGCCCACUGGGUCGUGCCCCGCGGCCCCUCGCUGCGGCCCAGCGCGCCUCCCGCCCGCCUGGUGUCUCGUCCACUAGCCUCCCUCCCAGGGCCUCCACUUCCAGUCGCAGUUCCCUCAGUGCGGGGCUCCUCCUCCUGGGACUCUCCCACCCUAAUGCCUUUCCUCGAUGUCACCCAGACAUCUUCAGCGCGCCCCUUGCCCUUUCCCCUUUAAUGCUCCACAUCCGGUGCUCUCUUCACGUCCACCGUGACCCCUUAAUUCCCCUCACCAGGCGCCUGUCUCAGCCUCUGUACCUGAGUCUCCCCUUGUACCCCCUCCUCCCGCAGCAUCUGCACUGCUGUCUCCCAGCUUUGGGCCCGCAGCCAGGCCCUCCAACCGGUCCUUGUCCAGUUUCUAUCACUGCAGCUCCCUCCCCACCACACCUGGAUGACCCCUUGGGUUUCCUCCUCAGAAAACUUCCACCCCCACCCCACUACACACAGAGCUCCCUCGACCUACUCCUACUUCAGUCUUUCUCAUCCCACCAUACCCUACCCCUGAGCACCCCUUCCUUAAAAAUUGUUGCUUUUUCUAGAUAUGAAGCUAAGAUGCAGUGAUUAAGAGCACUCGCUGUGGAGUUUCACAGGCCUGACUUUUGAAUCAGAGUUCCUCCACUGACAAGAGCUGUGUGAUCCUGGGACCUUUAUUUUGGAGAACAGAUCAUCCUGUGAGCAGGAGAUAGUGGGGGCAGAGAUUAUGAACUUUACAGACCUUUGAUGUGAGGCGCUCAGCCAGGACCAAGGAUAGAACCUGGUUAGAUUUGCAUCCUGAAGCCAUGGGCCAGAGGCCAUGGUGACCUGAUACCAAUGGACUCUGUCCAGUUGCCCCCUUUUCUCCCCUUUACCUCCCCUACCCUAUACUAAGGGAUUUGUUUCCACCUCUUCAGGGAACUGACCCUGAGGGCAUCCCUUUCUCCUAUUUUCCUAUCAUUCCACCUCCCCAAAGACUACUAGCCUGUAGAACUGCCUCCCAUCCCCUGAGGUGUUCCCCAUUCCUACGUCCCCUGCCCCGCCAUGCUCAAGCUGUGGAAGGUGGUACGCCCAGCUCGGCAGCUGGAACUGCACCGCCUCAUCCUGCUGCUGAUUGCUUUCAGUCUGAUCUCCAUGGGCUUCCUGGCUUACUAUGUAUCUACCAGCCCUAAGGCCAAGGAACCCUUGCCCCUGCCCAUGGGAGACUGCAGCAGUGGUGGGGCAACUGGCUCUGGCCCUGGCCCUGGCCCUGCACGGUCUCCAAUCCAGCCCCGGCCCCCCAGGCCUCCAGAGACAGCUCGAACUGAACCCGUGGUCCUUGUGUUCGUGGAGAGUGCAUAUUCACAGCUGGGGCAGGAAAUUGUGGCUAUCUUGGAGUCUAGUCGUUUUCGUUAUAGCACUGAACUGGCACCUGGCCGAGGGGACAUGCCCACAUUGACUGAUCAUACCCAUGGCCGCUAUGUCUUGGUCAUUUAUGAGAACCUGCUCAAGUAUGUCAACCUGGAUCCCGGGAGUCGGGAACUACUAGACCGGUACUGUGUGGAAUAUGGUGUGGGCAUCAUUGGCUUUUUCCGAGCUCAUGAGCAUAGUCUGCUAAGUGCCCAGCUCAAAGGCUUUCCCCUUUAUCUACACUCAAACUUGGGGCUCCGGGAUUACCAAGUGAAUCCUUCUGCCCCUCUACUGCAUCUCACACGCCCCAGCCGCAUGGAGCCUGGGCCAUUGCCUGGUGAUGACUGGACCAUCUUCCAGUCCAAUCAUAGCACCUAUGAACCAGUGCUUCUUGCCAGCCUUCGGCCAGCUGAACCUCCUGUGCCAGGACCUGUGACUCGCCGGGCCCGGCUUCCCACUGUGGUACAGGAUCUGGGGCUCCAUGAUGGCAUCCAGAGGGUGAUCUUUGGCCAUGGCCUUUCCUUCUGGCUCCACAAGCUUGUUUUUGUUGAUGCUGUUGCAUACCUCACGGGUAAGCGCCUCUGCCUGGACCUUGAUCGCUACAUCUUGGUAGACAUCGAUGACAUCUUUGUGGGCAAGGAAGGUACCCGCAUGAAGGUGGCUGAUGUUGAGGCUCUGUUGACCACCCAGAACAAACUCAGGACCUUAAUACCCAACUUCACCUUCAACUUGGGCUUCUCGGGCAAGUUCUAUCAUACUGGGACAGAGGAGGAGGAUGCAGGGGACGACAUGCUGCUGAAGCACCGCAAAGAGUUCUGGUGGUUCCCCCACAUGUGGAGCCACAUGCAGCCACACCUGUUCCACAAUCGCUCCGUGCUAGCUGACCAGAUGAGGCUCAACAAACAGUUUGCUCUGGAACAUGGGAUUCCCACAGAUCUGGGGUAUGCUGUGGCCCCCCACCACUCAGGUGUAUACCCCAUCCACACGCAACUCUAUGAGGCCUGGAAAUCUGUGUGGGGCAUCCAGGUGACAAGCACUGAGGAAUAUCCCCAUCUCCGCCCUGCCCGCUACCGCCGUGGCUUCAUUCACAAUGGCAUUAUGGUGCUGCCACGGCAGACAUGUGGCCUCUUCACUCACACAAUCUUCUAUAAUGAGUACCCCGGAGGUUCACAUGAACUAGACCGGAGCAUUCGAGGUGGAGAGCUUUUUCUGACAGUGCUGCUUAAUCCGAUCAGCAUCUUUAUGACUCAUCUGUCCAAUUAUGGAAAUGAUCGACUGGGUCUGUACACCUUUGAGAGCCUGGUGCGCUUCCUCCAGUGCUGGACAAGACUGCGCCUGCAGACACUUCCUCCUGUUCCUCUUGCACAAAAGUACUUUGAACUCUUCCCUCAAGAGCAAAGCCCCCUCUGGCAGAAUCCCUGUGAUGACAAGAGGCACAAAGAUAUCUGGUCGAAAGAGAAAACCUGUGAUCGUCUCCCCAAGUUCCUCAUUGUGGGACCCCAGAAGACAGGAACCACAGCAGUUCACUUCUUCCUCAGCCUGCACCCAGCUGUAACUAGCAGCUUCCCUAGCCCCACCACGUUUGAGGAGAUUCAGUUCUUCAGCGGCCCUAAUUACCACAAGGGUAUUGACUGGUACAUGGAUUUCUUCCCUGUCCCUUCCAAUGCCAGCACUGACUUCCUAUUUGAAAAAAGUGCCACCUACUUCGACUCAGAGGUUGUACCACGGCGGGGGGCUGCUCUCCUUCCACGAGCCAAGAUCAUCACUGUGCUCACCAACCCUGUUGAUAGAGCAUACUCCUGGUACCAGCAUCAGCGAGCUCAUGGAGACCCAGUUGCUCUGAAUUAUACUUUCUACCAGGUGGUUUCAGCCUCUUCCCAGGCCCCUCUGGCACUUCGUUCUCUACAGAAUCGCUGUCUUGUACCAGGCUACUAUUCCACACACUUGCAACGCUGGCUGACUUACUACCCCUCUGGACAGUUGCUGAUUGUGGAUGGGCAAGAGCUACGUACAAACCCAGUUGUCUCAAUGGAAAGCAUCCAGAAGUUCCUGGGCAUCACACCCUUUCUGAACUACACACGGACCCUCAGAUUUGAUGAAGAUAAGGGUUUCUGGUGCCAGGGACUUGAAGGUGGCAAGACUCGCUGUCUAGGCAAAAGCAAAGGCCGAAGGUACCCAGAUAUGGACACUGAAUCCCGCCUUUUCCUUACGGAAUUUUUCCGGAACCACAAUUUGGAACUGUCAAAGCUGCUGAGUCGGCUUGGACAGCCAGUGCCCUCAUGGCUUCGGGAAGAACUACAGCAUUCCAGUCUGGGCUGAUGUCCCAGUCUCCUGCACCAGCAAAAGCCCCCUGCUUCUAUAAGGGGCAAGCUCAAAGCAGGGCCCACAAGGGGGAUUAGUGGCCUGGCCCCUUCCCCUUCUACCUCAGUGACCCGAAGGCCUGGGAUGGCUGAGAAGGGAAGGGCAUCCCUUUCCCAUAGCUCUGGGGUCUCAUAAAGGGACUUCCCUUGAUAUCCCACAUCAUGGUACUAGGCACCUUUGACCCAUGAUCUUGAAAAGUGAGUGUCCAGGCAGGAUAUAGAGGAUUGUAUUAAUCCAUUGAUCUCCCUCUUCAUCCCCAGCAUUGUGUCUAUCUCUACCUGGCUCCGGGAGGGACCCCUUGCUGUGGAAUCAAUGGGAUCUACCUGUGGCCCGGCCUCCCUAAUGUCAUUCACAUUGAAUGGGGAUGAGGUCGGACAGUGGCUCAUCGAGCUGAGUAUGAGCCCUAGCUGUGGGCUAGAAAUGUCCUUAAUAAACAUCCUUAUUUUUC